AUGACAGUGAAAGAAUGGGAAACAUAUGAAAGGAAAUAUUGCAUCGACUCUGACAACAAUACCUUCAGGAAGACAGAAAUCCCAUCCAACACGAAUCUAUAUGGAAAACAAACCACGCCUUGGAAAUCCGCCGCCAGAAUCAAGAACGAGUACCAGACGUUGAGGUUCAUCAAAACGCACACCACGAUCCCCGUCCCCGAAGCACUGUCUAUUGAAAAUCGUGAUGGCUGCUGGUCGGUACUGACGGAAUAUGUUGAUGGAAUCCCUCUUGACGAUCUCCCCGACAACAUUCGCCCUGCAGCAGUCAAGAAGGCCCAAGAGUUUAUCGAACAAGUGGUCCUUCCCCAGCUGUCACGUCUCCGAUCAAGAGUCAACGGGACAUUGAGCGGAGAAGUCAUCCCACCUCGUCGAGUUGCAGACAUGUUUCCCAAUACUGAAUGGAUGGGAGAUGUUGUUUCCAUCAUUGACUGGGAGUAUGCGGGGUACUAUCACCAAUGCUUCGAAGGGGCUCUUUGGCUAAAGCCCCACACCGAAACCACACAUAGCGAGACCGAGACUGCCUUCCUGGCUAGCAAACUCGUGCCCGAUAUUGCCUUACUGUCCGGCAAACUCACACCCGAUCUUUGUGGCUCCAGUCCAGAGCGGCAGGGGAAGCAGGAUGUCUAG